AUGGUUCUUCCUGCAUAUGGCCAGCUGGAUCAAGAUGUCAGGAAACUUUUAUGUCUCAGUGGCUUCACUGGUUACCCCGCAGGUGUCACACCAACCGAAAGCCAACGUCACAACGUCGCCAUGCGGGACCCAGCCCGUCACGAUGUGGUGACCGCAGCCGCGGCACCCUGGACGGUGCCGAAGAAGGUCGGCCAAAGUUUCGCCGAGCUGACGCGGAUAGGAUUGGCCCGUGCCAAAGGCAUGGUGGCCUUCUGCACGUCGGACUACGGCGCCUAUACAGGUGCUGGUUACGAAACCUUCCAUGAAUUGGAAUAUGCACACGACAACAAGUUGCAUAUCUUUCCCAUUAGGCUCUGCGAAGAGUGGCCACCCGCGCCGCAAAACAAUCCAAGAGGCACUUUUCGAAAUGAAUUUGUGUUCAAGAACGGCUUAGUAUACGUAGACGAUCGGCAGAUGAACAAUGCCGAAGGCGCUGCCGAUCAGAUUGCGGAUUCUGCAGAUGAACCUGAAAAGAACCUUGCAGUUGAGCAUGCGCUGAGUCGCAAAACCUUUGGACGUUUGCUUCAGGCAGUGACAGGGAAUUCCACCUUCAUGGCAAAGGAUGGCCAAGAUACUUCGGCAGGGCGUCCCAGAUGUGAGACCUCCAACUUCGGAAUCUACGCUGUUCUGACGUUGGCAGACCAUGCUGGCGUCGAAGCAAUUUUCCAGCACUUGGAUCCCACCGGAAGUGGAACGCUCGGGAAGGAGGAGCUGCUGUCCAUCCUCUCUGGCCUUGGCGUUUCUGAUCAAGAGCUGCCUGGCUCACCUUGUCAUGUCGGCAUGUCCGCAGAUGAUCAUAGUGACAGGCAAGAUGUUCAGACAGAGCUCAACAUCUCAGAGCCCAAUGACCUUGGUUCCAAGGUGGAAGCGGAGGCAGAUAAAACUGAAAUCGAAAACUGCGGAGACAUCUUGCAGGCUGCGAAAGAAGGCAACGUCGGAGCUGUCGGACGCUUGCUGCAGGUGGACCCCCAGAGCCCGGAGCAAGUCGACAAAGACGGCGACGGGCCCCUGGCGAAUGCGGCUUGGGAAGGCCACCUGGAGGUGGUCCAGGUGCUGCUCGCCGCCAGCGCCUCCGUCGAGGCGAAGAGCAAAUUCGGCAACGAGCCGUUGCACCUGGCGGCUUUCACAGGCCACCUGGAGGUGGUCGAGGCACUGCUCGCCGCGGGCGCCUCCGUCGAGGCGAAGAACGAUAAAGGCGCCGGGCCCCUGGCGAUUGCGGCUCAGGAAGGCCACCGGGAGGUGGUCGAGGCGCUGCUGGCCGCGGGCGCCUCCGUCGAGGCGAAGGAUAGAGACGGUCACACACCGCUGCACUGGGCGGCUUACAACGGUCGGACACCGCUGCACCGGGCGGCUUUCAACGGCCACACCGCCGUGGUGGAGCAGCUCCUUGCCGCGGGCGCCGCCGUGGAUGCUGUGGACAAAGGAGGCAAGACGCCGUACGACUACGCCAAGGAGAUGGGCCGCCAGAAGGUGAUGGGUGUCCUGGACCCGGUCCCUUGGCGCUGGGAUGAACAUCCCUUGGUGGACCAGGGCUUCGGCACACGUAGUUCUUAUCACGAGACGGUGCAGGAAUUGAAGGAUGAAGCAGAGAAGAAACUCGGAAUCACCAUCCAGCGUCUCAUUGGGGUGAACAUGGAACCAUUGAACGAAGCAAAGACUCUGGAAGAAGCCGGUGUUUUGCCUGGACAUACGUUGACCGCAGUCAUCGCGCCAGCAGCCGGGCAGGGUGAUGUCUCAGAGGAGAAGCAGUUGCCAGAGGAUGAAGGCGAUCUGCAAAAUCCCAACGACUUCAUCGAGUUCCUCAUCUCCGCGAACAUUCGGCUGGUCCGCGCUGAGUUUUUGAUCGAGCUGGAUGAGACUGGGACCCCCAUGCCUCGCCGACAAGAGGCAGAGUUCAUGCACGUGCAGAGUGGGGCAACUGCACUGGUGGAGCUUGGUGAGUACAAAGAGUUGCACGUGAAUCAAACAUCAGGACACGUCACAAUCCGCACGGCUGAGGGUCCCUCCAUAGUGCGAUUCCGGUCAAUCUCCCACAUGUGGGAGGCAAUGGAGCAUCCGGAUCCCUGGGGAUUCCAGGUCCGCAGCAUUGUGGAGAGGUACCGAGAAUUACCCAAGGAUUCGGUGACUUGGGUCUUCGUGGACUUCCUGUCGCUGUAUCAGUACAAGAGAUCUGCUGAAGAAGAUGAGUUCUUCAGGAAGGGGCUGAAGCGAAUGCACUGGCUGUACAGUCAUGAGAUUGUGCAGGUAGACAUCCUCACUGAACUCACACCUGAGGACAAGAAGUUCGAGGGCGAGAUUUUGGUGUACAACGCGACGGAAGACCAGGUGAAAGUGACACCAAUCUGCGAGCUGAGGCUGAACACCCCCUAUGAGCUUCGAGGUUGGUGCCAGAGUGAAUCUGAGUGGUCCCGCCUGCGUAUGGAUGUGCUUGGAGGUUGUAUUCCCACUCCUCCAGAAAUAUUCAGGAAGAGGCUGCAACGGAUGCGGUUCACGCAUCGAAAUGAUGCCGAGCAGGUGCUUGCAUUGCAAGAAAAGGUGUUCAGAGACAAAGUCUCCAGGACAACACACUUGCAGCUCCAACAACUCUCUUUGGAUGACCUGGAAUGUCUACGUGACGCCUUGCCACACUACAGUAAGUUGGAGUACUUGGUGGUAAAUGGCAAUGCCCUGAAGGGGCAAGAUGCCGUGGCGAUGGUGACCUCAGGUGCGGCGGACAUCCAAAUGGAGUCGUGUUCUCUACAAGAUGAAGAUGCAGAUGCCAUGGCAGAGGCACUCAUGAGCUCAGCUGCUGAUCGAUUGGAACAUCUGAGUCUGACUGGGAACCGCUUCAGUGACAUCGGGACAGCUGCCCUUCGCAAAGUGAUGGAGCAGCGACCGCAGCUGAAGAUCCGAUUGUAG